UUAAUUCGUUGCGCGGGGAUAUUUAUUGGUGUUACAAAGACCAAGACACACGUGAGGCGUCAAGUAGCGUUAUAACUCUGAAACAAUUUAACACAACGUGCUCAUCAAGUUUUACGCAUUCUCAUUUGCCUCUCGGUCCUGUGCAGCCAGUGAGGUUCAUUCUUUACCGCCUGUCGCCGAGGUUCCUCGUGAAAAAUGUCAACACAACCCUUGGAAGACUGGAACUCUGACAUCUGUGACUGCUUUGAGGACGCAAGUACUUGCUGCUAUGGCUUCUGGUGCUGCCCAUGCCUUGCCUCCACGGUUACGGUACGAUCGGGAGAGAAUCGUUGUCUCCCAAUAUGUGACGCGUGUUGCGUGGUCGCGUUCUUAGUCGCUAAGGUACCUCUGAUUGUGCCUCCUUCAGCCCUGUCUCUAAGGGUUGCCAUGCGACACAAAUAUGGCAUUAAGGGAUCCAUCUGUAGGGACCUUGGCGUUUCCUGUUGUUGCUCAUGGUGCUCAUGGUGUCAGAUGCAUCGGGAGUUGAAGCAUCGCAAUAAAGCACCCAAUGUCGUCACUGUGGAGCAACCGAGCGUUUUGCAGUUGCAGCCCGCUCCAGGAAUGAUGGCUGCUUACCCCCCCAAAGCUGCCUUUGUGGACUAUCCAGGAAGCUCAAUCUGAGCUUUGUGGCCUCUCAUUAGUCUGGUAUGUUUUGUGAAUGACAUACUCAGCUCAGUUCAAGCUCCUCUUUGUUUGUAUUUACUGGUGAAGAUGAAGGAUGAUUGUUAAUUCAUAUUUUUGAUAUGCGAGUCAAGUUAUUUCAAUUUUUCACCAAAGACCUUCCUGGAUUCAUUCCUAAACAUUUCCCUCCGUUUUUGUGAGGUUUGUUUCAAGCCGGUUCACGAGAGCUUUGUGACCACUUUGAUGCUACGGUCACCUGCAAGCGUUCUCUACUUUCAUUUCUGCUGCCAUUGUUGCAUGGCCAAUGCAAAGGAUUUUGAAAGAGCUGUUAAAUAAAGCUAUAGUUCUGCUUGAUGAAUCCAACUUCUUC